AUGCCGUCCGCCUUUUUCAAGAAUUAUCGCGUUUAUUUCCUGACGGCCGUGGCUUACAUGGGCUCGUUGCUUUUCGGAUAUGAUACCGGAGUCAUGGGAUCGGUAUUGGCCCUUAAAAGUUUCCGAGGGGAUUUCGGACUUCCGCUCGAUUCGACGGGGUUUGGGGGAUCGAAAAAUGCACAGGUUGCUUCGAAUGUUGUCUCGUUACUUACGGCUGGUUGUUUCUUCGGUUCUAUUGCCGCUGCCUUUUGCAAUGAUCGGUUCGGAAGAAAAUACUCUCUCAUUGGAUUCAGCGUCAUAUUUCUUGUUGGUGCCGCCAUACAAACGAGUGCUAGUCAUAGUCUUGGACAAAUAUAUGCUGGUCGUGUUGUUGCUGGUCUGGGUGUUGGUGGAAUGUCAUCUAUUACUCCAGUAUUCGUCACCGAGAAUGCUCCUCCCGCCAUCAGAGGUCGUAUUACUGGAAUGUUUCAAGAAUUCUUGGUUCUGGGUUCUACCUUUGCUUACUGGUUGAAUUACGGUGUCGCAUUGCACAUCCCAACAUCUACCAAGCAAUGGAGAAUCCCAGUCGCCAUUCAACUCAUCCCUGGUGGAUUCCUUCUCAUCGGUCUCUUCUUCUUGAAGGAAUCCCCAAGAUGGCUUGCCAAGCAAGGUCGAUACGAAGAAGCCACUGCCUCAAUGGCCUGGACUCGAUGCACGACAAUCGAAGAUGAAGAAGUCGUGCAAGAAAUUGCCGAGAUUCGUGCAUCCAUCGAGGAGGAACUGGCUCAAACUGAAGGUUUGACCUGGAAGGAGUGUUUCCAACCCGCCAAUCGAUUCAGAUUCAUUACUGCUUUCUGCCUCAUGUUCUGGCAACAAUUCUCCGGAACCAACUCUAUCGGGUACUACGCACCACAAAUUUUCGAGACCGUUGGUAUCUCAGCUGCCAAUACAGCCUUGUUCGCUACCGGUAUCUACGGUACUGUCAAGGUCGUCACUACUGCUAUAUUCUUGAUUACUGGUAUUGAUACAUUGGGGCGUCGCAAGUCUCUCAUCUUCGGUGCCGCCUGGAUGAUGAGUAUGAUGUUUAUCCUUGCCUCGGUCCUCGUUACCCACCCACCCGAUACCAAGUCCACCAUUGUGUCGCCUGCUUCCAUCGCCAUGGUUGUAAUUAUCUAUUUCUUCGUCAUUGGGUAUUCGGCAUCUUGGGGUCCUAUCCCAUGGGUCUACGUGUCUGAGAUUUUCCCCACCCGACUUCGAUCCUAUGGUGUUGGUCUCGCGGCUUCUACGCAAUGGUUGUGCAACUUUUCCAUUACGGAAAUUACACCGAUUGCUGUUUCGAAUAUUGGAUGGAGAACAUUUUUGAUGUUUGGGUUCUUCUGUCUCGGAAUGGGUGUCUGGUCUUUCUUCAUUGUUAGGGAGACGAAGGGGAAGACGUUGGAGGAAUUAGAUAUCCUUUUCGGAGGUAUUGAUGCUGAGCAAAGAGCUCAGGAUGUUGAGGCGGUGCUUCAUGCAAAGAAGGAUAUUGUCCACCACGAAGGUGAUGAGCCACUGGCAAGUAAAGCUGGUACUGUUAGAGUCGAGGAUAGUGCUACUACUGAGAAGACUGGUUAG